CUUGACUCUGUUGUUUUUCUCCAGUGGUGCUGCCUGGCUCUGGUUCCAGACACAUCUGGCUGGACUGUCCUGAAGGAGCUCUCUCUCUGCAAAUGACUGCAUCCACCUCAGCAGGAGAAAGUCAGCAUGGAAUCCGGGUCAACUCUCAGCCUGCAGACCCUACAGUUGGUGUGGUGAUCGAAGUUGUUGUCAUCAUAGCCCUCUUCAUAGCAAUCGUGGUAAACAUGAUGUGCUGGAGUUGCGUGAGGAAAAGGAUUAAACAAAAGUGUCUAUCUUGGGGACCUGCCUGGCUCGACGUGAUCUUACCAGAACUGGAGAACAGCAAUGCCAUCAGACUACUCCAGCAGAACAGCAGUGAACCCUGUGUCGCGUCCACCGACAGCGACCCUCUGCUGUCUCCUGUUAGUUUGAUUUCCUUGGAGGGGAGGGAAGACGUCUAUCCCGUCAUCCACGUUGAGACAUCGCAAACUGGACCGGGACAAACCACAGCACAGGCGCCUUCACUAGAGACGGACGUCGGGACGGUGCUUGUGGACAGCCAGCUGCAAGACAUCAGCUACAAACCCCAGAUUAGUGUGCUGGCCUCACAAGAAGAGACGGGGAAGGAGACAGAAGACGAGUCAAACAGUGUGGCAGCAGAUAGAGAGGAGGACACAACUUCAAGUGUAUUUGAGGGAUUACUUGGAGGCUUGCUGUCUAGUGUGGAAGUGGAUUGCUCUGUUUCACACCUGCAGGCUCUCAGCUCUGUUGGUGACCCUUUGUGGCCUAAAGCUCCUGAAACAUCAGGUGCGCCGCACAGAUACUUCCAGGCGGGGACGAGGGGGGCGGAGUGUGAGGUUGAGGUGAACUGUGCCUCUGUGGAGUUACAGCAGGGGGACAUAAUGACACCUGACAUUGCAGACACAUGUCCGUCAACGUGUACGGUAGCGACUUUGCUGACUAAUGGUUACUUCCCCCAGCUAGCUGCUGUCAGCUGCACUUCAUUCAACGCCACACAGAACUAGCUGGAGCCGUGGAAAUGACUGAAUGAAUGAAGAAUAUGCACUAAACUGACUCAAGAAAGCAUUACUCAAGCACCACCUCAGUAACAGUACAACACAGGAAAAUAAUGAUUCCAAUGGUCUGUAUCCUCCACAUGAGGGUCGCGGCCCGGGGGAGCUGUCAUGGGGCGAAAGGUGAGGUCACACCCUGGACAGAUCGCCGGUCAUCACAGGGCCAUAAAUGAUAAUACAAACUGAUAAUUAAAGGUCCAGUGUGUAAUAAUUACUGACAUCUGAUGGGGAGACUGCAAAGUGCAACAAAUGGAGGACUCAUUAGUUCACCCCUCACUUUUCCAAGUCCAUCAGGGAACAAAAGUGGCCUUCACAUGUCCAUUCUUCCACUCUCUCCACCAGACAUUCUUUUUUCAUUUGCAUCGGACGCGUUUCUGUCAGCCUGAUUUUAUGCACAGUUUCAAUUUACAAUUAUACUGUAUAUAUACAUAUAUAUGUAUAUAUAUAAGGUGAAACCUGAAAUUGUCUUCAGACUUGCUGCAGCAGUAGCCUGAUGGCACAUGGUGGGCUCUUUAAUUCAAAUUACUUAACUCUAUAAGGCACAAAAGGCGAGAUGCUUUUUAUUGUAAAGAAAGAAUACACUUAUAAAAACAUACUUCUGGGCACUUAUUCUAUUGUUGUCAUUAAACCCUUGCUAAAUGUCGCACUGGACCUUUAAGUUUGAUUGAAAGCAUGUGUAGCAAUCUCACUGUAUGUUUAAUAAAGAUAUGCUGCGUUGA